CCGAAAGACGAGCAUCGCGUCCAACAAACCUCUUCAGCUCUUUCGACGCAACCAUGCCCUCAGCCUUUCCAGAGAUGGACCACCUAUUCUUUCCAUAUACUUUGACCCAGGUUCAUCGUGCCGCUGAUCGCGCUUUGGUUGCUGUAGAUGGUUAUUUACAUGAUCCAUUAGCAAGUUCCCAUCUCGGCGAUUUACAAUUUGCUCAGCAACAAUUCGAGUUGUUGCGAGAUUGGAUACGUCUCUGUGAUGGUAAUCAUGAAUGUUACCGCAUUCAAGAAAGCCCAACUUCUGCCCUGAAGAUAUCCACGAGGGUGAUAGAUGUUGGCACCAAAGACGACCCACGUUUACGCCUGAUUGAGCCUGCUGACAACUUGAGGGAUAAGUUUAUUGCACUAAGUCAUUGUUGGGGGAAGGUCACGAAGGAUCUCCGCAUCUGCACAGAAGAGGGCAAUAUCAAACAAUUUAGGAACAACAUCAACUUAAGCAGACUCCCCAGAACAUUCCAAGAUGCUGUCAUUGUUACCCGAGCCUCAGAAUCCGGUAUCUCUGGAUCGAUUCCCUUUGCAUCAUACAGAACGAUGAAAGCGACUGAGAAUCUGAAGCUCAGAAAAUGGAAGACUACUUAUAGUUCCGCAUACGUCACCAUCGCAGCAACCUCUGCAAAAUCAUCAGGGGAGGGCUUCCUAAUCGGUAGACCCAGCAGAUAUUAUGCUACGGUUUCAACUCCAUCUGGCCCUCUCCAUCUGGCAGAGGCUAUAGACAACUUCCAAGCUGACGUCGAAAGGGGCAUACUGAACACAAGGGCCUGGGUUUUACAGGAGAGAGCAUUGUCCCGCCGUACGAUUCACUUCACUGCGACUCAGGUCUACUGGGAACGCCGCAGGGGCGUCCAUUGCGAAACUCUGGCACAACUAUGCAACCCGCAAUCCCAGUUCCUCGGAGACCACGAAUUUCCACGGAUAUGGCUGAUUUAUUUCAAAAAUGAGCGAAUCAAACUCAUACAGCAUCUACACACAGUCUAUAGUGCACUGAAACUGACGAAAGAGGUCGACCGCUCGGUCGCCAUCGCGGGAUUGCAAAAGCGAAUCGCCACCGCAUUCCAAACUAGGUUCGACCACGGUAUUUUCUGGAAAUACUUUGAAAGAUCGAUAUUGUGGUGCGCCCUUGAGAGGGAAAGCCUGUCCCGGAUCAAAUACGCGAGGGACCAUUCAGUGCCAUCUUGGUCUUGGAUGGCAUAUUCGGGGACGAUUAAGUACCUUGAAAUUCCCUUUGGCGAAAUUGUUUGGACAGGGGAUCUUGAGAAUCCGUUUGCUGAUGGGUCAAGGGAAAAAAUCUCCGAGCAAGGUCUUGUCGCUCGUGCGAGCGCAUUCACCGUUCAAGGGCCCAACCAGCUGAUCAUACUGGACAUGGAUACUCAAUCCGACCCGAAUAGAAAUCUCCGGAGGUGUAUCACUGUCGGAAAACAGGAAAAAGAAAAUCAACUGGGUGAACUGUUACAUUACGUCCUGCUGAUACGACCAAUACUUCUUGAUGAUUUUGACUCGGUUUUUCAUUAUGAAAGAGUUGGGUUGGGAUCCUUGGUGUUUGUGGAACUCAUGGCCAUCUCAUAA